CAGACCCAGGUAUACCACCCAAACAUCUCCCGAUUCGGCGGUAUAUGUCUGGACACACUUAAGCAGAACUGGAGCUCAGCCCUAACCAUAGGGAAAGUAUUGCUAUCGAUUCAGCAACUGUUGGCUGAACCCAACCCCGACGACCCCCUGGAGGGCGGGCCCGCACUGGUCUACAGGACUGAUAGAGAGAGGUUCAAUCAGACGGCCAGACAGUGGACGCAAACUCAUGCCCGACCCCAACUCCCUAACACAUAG